GUCUGGGUGGCCAUCAGGCCCUCGUGCAGUAUCAUGUCCUUUGGGGCAUCGCUUUGUCUAGCCACAGAAAGCUCUCCGGACAUUUUCCUGGGAGUAAGCCCCGCUGAAUAAAAGGUGCAGGCUCGGGGCUGAACGUGGGAUAUACUCCAAGGAGGGAAACAGAUCAGCCUCCAUUCUGUUGGAGGGGAGGAAAGUGCCUUUCCCUCAUCUGCUGCGGAGGCGAAAGGGAACCAGGCCACCGACCUCCUCCAUCUCCUCUCCCCCUACCCCCACCCCCGGCCUCGCUGGAGCAGCAGGAAGUUCCUCGGAACCGCGUGCGGGGAAUCCUCUUGGGGCGGGACAGAUCUCGGUCCUUCCUGGAAGGAGGACAAGCUCCUGUUCCGCGCUCUCAGGACCGCGCUCCAAGGCGCCCGCUUGCUUCUUCCGCCGCAUCGCGAGGUUGGUACGGCGCCUUGCCGGCCGGCCGGCCCCACCCGUGCCCUACUUCCUCCGAGCGGCCUCCGCCCGCCUUCCUCCUCCAUGCCGGGCUGCUCUUCCUUCUCGCUGCAUCCGCUGCCUCGAAACCGGCCUCAGGUCUCCCCAGGAAAGCAGCUUUCCCGCGUUGCGCCUCCUUCCCCCGCCGGGACUGGUCCCCCACCCCACCCCGCUGCUCUUUGUUCCUGGGAGGGACGGAAGGAGGCGGCGCUCGGUUUAGGGGGCUUCCCGCAGUGGAUCAGCCGCAGAUCCGGAGGCAGCGGCGCAGUGCGCGCAACCAGUUGUGGCUGCCGGUGGGGGAGAGUAGGCCCGGCUCAUGACUGCAAGGAUCUCUCCCCUGUUUUGUCCAACCUGAGUACUGCGGUGCUCUGCCACCUCGGGACAUUUUGACCUCUCAGUGAGCAACUUGGGAGUUCUGAGUCAGGCGCCCAUUGUGAAACGGGAGGCCAGGUCUUGCCCUGGAAAUUGUGUCGCAAUCCCAGAGCUCAGAAAAUCCCAUGUGAGUCAGCAGAGUCUGGGCGCCAGCUGCAAGCAGUCAGCCCCUCGGAGCUGCAAGAGACACAACUGGAAAGUUGCUGCCUGUGGAGCUCCUGCAGGAUUGGCCCCAUCUUCCUGCCAUCUUUCCACUUCGUGAGACACCUAGAGAUUCCAGAUUCCACCUUGGUCUCCUCCAGCAAACAUGGGCUCCAUGUUCCGCAGCGAAGAGAUUUGCCUGGCCCAGCUCUUCUUGCAAUCGGCUUCGGCAUACAGCUGCGUCAGUGAAUUAGGCGAGCAAGGACUUGUGGAAUUCCGUGAUCUGAACCCCCAUGUCAGCGCCUUCCAGCGACGUUUUGUGGGGGAGAUUCGGCGGUGUGAAGAUAUGGAGAAAUCCUUCACUUUCUUAGCACAGCAAGUGUGGAAGGCAGGCCUGACACUGACACCCCCUGAGGAGAACCUGCCGGCUCCUCUGGCUCGGGAUGCCCUGCAGAUCCAGGAGCAGUCUGAGCGGCUGGCGCAGGAGCUGAGGGAGGUGAGCCACAACCGCGAGAAGCUGGUUGGUCGGCUGCAGGAGCUGCGGGAGCACAUUCAGGUGCUGCAGGAGGGACAGCGUUUCACUGGCCAACUGCAGGUGCCAUUAGCAUCACCAGCUCGCCCACGAACCUUCUCUGACAGAGAACCUUUGCUUGACCCAUCCAUGGCACAGCGGCUUGACCUCAAAGUAAACUUUAUCGCAGGCGUGAUCCACCCAUGGCGGGUGAAUGUGUUUGAACGGCUGCUGUGGCGCGCAUGCCGUGGCUACCUUGUGGCCAACUUCACUGAGAUGCCGGAGCCCAUGGAAAACCCAGCCACGGGCGAGAGCGUCACCUGGGUCAUCUUUCUCAUCUCCUUCUGGGGGGAACAGAUUGGGCAGAAAAUCCGCAAGAUUGCUGACUGCUUUCACUGCCACCUGUAUCCUUACGCCGACAAGGAGGCGGAGCGCUUGGAGACACUGUAUAAACUGCGCACUCAGAUUGAAGAUCUGACCACGGUCUUGGGCCAGACGGAGCAAUACCUGGACCAGCUGCUGCAAAAGGUGCUCUUGGAACUGCCUGCUUGGCAAGUGCGGAUACAGAAGAUGAAGGCCAUCUACUUCAUCCUCAACCAGUGCAGCUUCAACAUCACCGACAAGUGCCUCAUCGGGGAAGUCUGGUGCCCUGUCCGCGACCUUCCUGCUGUGCAGCAGGCUCUGCGUGAGGGAUCGCACCGCAGCGGUUCUGGGGUGGAGUGCUUUGUUCAUCAGAUUCCCUGCACUGAGAGCCCCCCAACCCUCAUUCGCACCAACAAGUUCACUGCCGGCUUCCAGAGCAUUGUUGACGCCUACGGGGUAUCCAGCUAUCAGGAGGUGAACCCAGCUCCCUAUACCAUCAUCACCUUCCCUUUCCUGUUCGCUGUCAUGUUUGGGGAUGUUGGCCAUGGGCUGCUGAUGUUCCUCUUUGCCCUUUGGAUGGUGCUGGCUGAGAACCGCCCCAGCAUGAAGAAGGUGCAGAAUGAGAUCUGGCAGAUGUUCUUUGAGGGCCGCUACCUCAUCCUCCUGAUGGGCGCCUUCUCUAUCUACACUGGCUUCAUCUACAACGAGUGCUUCAGCAAGGCCACCAACAUCUUCCCCUCUGCCUGGAGCAUCGCUACCAUGGCCAACCAAUCAAAUUGGAGCGAGGACUUUUUAGCUGGAAACCCUGUUCUUGCUCUGAACCCCAACAUUACGGGAGUUUUCAAAGGUCCCUACCCUUUUGGGAUAGAUCCGAUCUGGAGCCUGGCCAUCAACCACCUCACCUUCUUGAACUCCUUCAAGAUGAAGAUGUCUGUGAUCCUGGGCAUUGUGCACAUGAGCUUUGGGGUCUGCCUUGGCAUCUUCAACUACAUCCACUUCAAGAACUACUACAAGAUUCUCCUGGUUUUCGUUCCGGAGAUCAUCUUCCUGCUGGGACUCUUCGGCUACCUUGUAAUCCUGAUCUUUUACAAAUGGCUGGCGUAUGACGUCUCCGAUUCCCAGUCUGCGCCCAGCAUCCUCAUCCACUUCAUUAACAUGUUCAUGUUCUCAAACGAUGCCGAUAACGUUCCACUCUUUAACCACCAGGCCCUGGUGCAGACAGUGUUGGUGGUGGUAGCCCUGGCCUGUGUGCCUAUCCUGCUGCUGGGAACCCCCUUGUACCUCUGGAGCCAGCACCGACAGAAGGCCUCUUUGUCCAGGCACAAUCCCUCCAGCGCAGAAGAGCGCCAGCCUCUGCUAAACUCUCAAGAGCCAAGCAGAUCUGUGAAUGUUGCUGAGGACGAUGUGGAUUGUGCCAAAUCCAAACAGGAGUUGGAGUUUGACUUCUCCGACGUGUUCAUGCAUCAGGCAAUCCACACCAUCGAGUACUGCCUGGGCUGCAUCUCGAACACAGCCUCCUACCUGCGGCUCUGGGCUCUCAGCUUGGCCCACGCACAGCUCUCAGAGGUCCUGUGGACCAUGGUGAUGAGGAACGGCCUCCACUUUACGGGCUACAAAGGUGGGGUCCUCCUCGUCCCGGUUUUUGCCUUCUUUGCGGUACUGACUGUGGCAAUCCUGCUGGUGAUGGAGGGGCUGUCGGCUUUCCUGCAUGCCCUGCGUCUGCACUGGGUGGAAUUCCAGAACAAAUUCUACACAGGCUCUGGGUACCGGUUCACCCCGUUCACCUUCACUACAGACAUCUGGGACUAAGAGAGAAAGGACUUCUUUCUUCCCAGAGAGCAGAUGUACUGUGUGCCCUCAUGAGCCAAUUGGCUUAUGCUGUGUUUUUUUUUUACAUGAGCAACUGUCUCUUGCUUCCUUCUU